AUGGCUACUGACAGUGGACCUCCACAAGUAUUCAAGACCAAAGCUAUACAAGACUCAACUGUAGAACAAUCACUGUCAAGAGAUACAACUCCAGCCACAAGAGAACAGAUGGAGAUGGAUCUCUUCGAGGGAGGAGAAAAUCUUCAUCAAGGUACACGAGUAUACUUUAGAAAAAAAAUCAUGGAUAGUAUGGAGGAGGUGUCAGGAGACUUGAAGAUUCUCUUAGACAUUGAAAACGGACUAUUUAAUAGCAGAGAAUUGCAGUUACUUACAUUAAAAUGUGUAAUAUCUGAGAUAAAUGUAAUUAUGUUAUGGUGUGCGUUCUUGGACAGAUUAGACUUGAUGAAGGUUCUUGACAAAUUAGGGGCCGAUGUGAAUUUUGCUCUUCCUAAAAUAGGAAUUUCCAGUAUUCAUUUAAGUGCCCUCAACGGUUGUUUAGAAUCAACUAAAUGGUUGAUUAAGAAGAAUUGUAAUGUUAACUUAAAAUUUCAGUCUGUGACUCCAUUAGAUUGUGCUGUGAUUGGAAAUUCUAUUGACACGACUGCGUUGUUGUUGAAACAUGGUGCAAAAGUUGAAGAAAGUCAACUUUACUUUGCUGUCAAGAUGGAUGCUGUUGAAUGUCUGUCGCUUUUAGUUCGCAGGAAGAUGAAUGUCAACAGCUUGGACACCACAGACAUGUCGCCUUUGCAUAUGGCAGCUCAUCUGGGGAGGGAGCAAUGCCUUAAAGUUCUAUUGAAGUGUAACAUCGAUGUUGAUAUGGAGACUAAGGAAAGGAACUCUGCAUUGCACCUAGCAAGUGAAGGAGGCCAUGUGGCCUGUGUUCUAUUACUGGCCAAUAAAGGAGCUGAUGUUGCUAAACGUAACAUAAGGGGGCAAACACCACUGCAUAUUGCAGCCAAGUACCACCGUAGUGAAUGUGUCCAAACUUUGUUGAAAGCCGGAGCAGAUGUAAAUGCUAAAGACUCUGACAAUAGAACACCUCUGCAUGCAGCUGUGGUGUGGAAGGAUGAUUUGUUGGCAUGUAAAACGUUAGAAAUACUACUUGCAUCAGGAGCUGAUCUUAAUGCAAGAGAUGACUUUGGGUUUUCAGCUCUUCAUGUAGCUGCGAUAAAUCAGUUGGCCCAAUGUGUUGAUGUCUUGAUCAUGGAAGGUGCUGAUCUCGGUAGUCAAGCCAAAAAUGGACUAACAGCUCUUGCGAUAAUCAUUGAGCGAACCCCUGCUUGUUUGGCAAUCAUCAAUAAGAAACUGGACAGUUACAUAACCACCCAUGACUCAGCUUCAUCAAACUGGAUGGGAGAAGUGAUUCUAGAAUUUGAAUACUUUACUCAACACUCAUCCAUAGGAGAAUGCGAACUCUUGAAAAGGCCUGACCAACAACUGUUACAACGCUUAUAA